CACCACAAACUUGCUCUGCUACUUGAUAGAGAAUAUCAAUGGUGGUUUACUUUAAUCGUGGACCUACACAAGCCAGCAUUUUUGGAGUUCCUUUUUCACUUGUUUAUCUUCAAUUCACUUAAAAUAGUUGCAGCACUAAGUAUUCACAGUGCAGGCACCAUCCUCUGAAGAAUGACUUCUUAAGGUGGUGCCAUUGGUUCAUAUCACAGACAGCAGAUAUUUGAAUUUUUUUCUGAAGCUGUAUCUAUCCUUAUGAAGCCGUAUUUUGAUCCCGACUAUGAGCAUCUCAACCAGUUCAUCAAUCCUCCAAGGGUUUGUAUUGAUAAUACAAGCUGCAGUGAUUGUACACUAGUCAAGGUGGAUAGCAUGAACAAACCAGGGAUACUGUUGGAGGUUGUGCAAGUACUGAGUGAUCUAGACUUGUUCAUCUCCAAGGCUUACAUUUCAUCAGAUGGGAGAUGGUUCAUGGAUGUUUUCCAUGUGACCGAUCAGCAGGGACGGAAACUCACCGACCCAAAGACGAUUCAAUACAUCGAGAAGGCUUUAGGUCCAGAGAACAGAGAUUUCGGCACCAAAGGCGAUACUCUACCAGGAAAGUCUGUAGGAAUGCACUUGGCUGGUGAUCAUACAGCCAUUGAGCUCAUCGGCACAGACCGCCCGGGACUGCUUUCUGAAAUCUUUGCGGUUCUUACAAGUCUGCGUUGCAAUGUAAUUGCAGCUGAAGUCUGGACACACAACACUCACGUAGCUUGUGUCGUCUAUGUUAACGAUGAAAUCACAAUGUCUGCUGUCGAUGAUGCAAGCCGGCUUUCACUGAUGAAAGAACAGCUCAAGCAUGUUUUAAGAGGACCUUUGCAUGGUGGCAGAGAGGCUUGCACUAAUAUUUCUAUCGGUUCUACUCAUGUGGAUCGUCGUCUGCACCAGUUAAUGUUUGCAGACAGAGAUUAUGAGAGCCAUGGAGGUGUCAUGGAUGAGCUCAGGCCUGUGAUUUCUGUUGAUCUUUGUGAGGACAAAGGAUACUCUGUGGUGAAUGUCAAGUGUAAAGACAGGCCUAAGUUGUUGUUCGAUAUUGUUUGCACACUUACAGACAUGCAAUUUGUUGUGUUUCAUGCUUCUGCUUCUUCUGAUGGUCCUUAUGCUAUGCAGGAGUUAUAUGUCAGGCAGAAGGAUGGUUGCAUUCUUGAUUCAGAUGAUGACAAAGAGAAAGUUGUCAAGUGUCUCGAAGCAGCAAUUCUGAGAAGAGUUUCUGAAGGUUUGAGUCUGGAACUUUGCGGUAAAGACAGAGUUGGUUUGCUCUCGGAUGUGACGCGGGUUCUCCGAGAACAUGGUCUAUCGGUCACAAGAGCUGAUGUCACGACCGUGGGAGAACAGGCGCUGAAUGUGUUCUAUGUCAGAGAUGCAUCUGGCAACCCUGUGGACAUGAAAACUGUUGAGGCUCUUCGACGGGAGAUUGGGCAGAAGGUGAUGCUCAAUGUGAAGAAUGUGUCUGCCACCGCCACGAAGGCUCGCGAACCCAGUGGAUGGGCAAAGAUCAGCUUCACUUUUGGGAGUUUGCUUGAGAGAUUCCUGACUUAGUUCUGUAAACAGAACCCUGCUUUGUAUUUUCUUCUCUUGCAUGAAUAUACUGCAGUGACAUAAGUAACUUCCUUGGAAGUUAAUCUUGAUCUUUUAGUCGAGUGUAUGUAAAUAUGAAAAUUGUAUAUAUAAAUUCAUUUUGAGUGUGACUUUUCAAGAAUU